CUACAAUUCUCCACAUGCUCAAAGGCUCCCCCCACAUGCCGAACGCCCCUCUCAAAGGAGACGUACACUCAACUCAAACUCAAAUACAGGUUUCAUCGACAACGUUGACAACCACGCAUGUGGGAAAAUCUGGGACUAUCCCCUCAUCCGCCCUUGCUCAAAUUCCUCCCAGUAGAGAUAUCCACGCAAAGAGCAUAAUGUGCUACUAGCCCAUCAUCCGAGCAUCCAGAUUGUAUUUCAUAGUACCGUACGGUAUGACACUCAUUAUCCCCACAAACGGAAAUGAACUUGCACCCCUCAAACCAGUUCUACAGCGCAACAUUAAUGAUGACACCACCGAUUCUGGGAAAAUACGGGAUGUCCGACUCCCGAAAGGCUCCCUCACGUGGCAAAAGUUUCUCCUCAUUGCCGGAAGGCUCUCCUCGUAUGCCUCAACUUUCCACACCGACAUACUUAGAAUCUACGCGUCUGGGAGUUUACGCGUUCCGCUUAGCCCACACGCGCUUCCUUUCACACCUUAUCCGCUUCAUGUAUCAGAACGUCAGACUCGGGGUGACAGUGAGAGUAAGUCAUGUGCUGUGAGUCAUGUUUUGCGUGCUGUAUGCUGUAUGCUGUAUGCUGUGUUCUGUUCUGUUCUGUUCCAUUGGGUUGUUGACGAGAGGGCGUUGGUAGGAGACAACGGAUUUGUGAACAUAACAAGAACCAGAAUCACGUUAACGAGGAUGCGUCCUACCGUCCGGAGAAAUGUUAUUGCAAACUUUGGCCUGUUUAGUAUUUGGCAAUGGCCCGCUUCUGAAGUUCCGAGCAUCCAGAUGCCUAAAAUCUCGACCGUACUAUGCGAGCGUCGGACAAGCUAUGUAGGCUGCUACUGUUUCCAACAACACUGUAAAAUCUAUGGUUACAGUCAUGCUCACAGCCCCACCGUCAUGCGCACUCCACAGAUUUCAUAAGGCCACAGUGCCAGCAACUGCGACGGCUUCUCGUCAUGUCAUGAUCCGCGCGAUGAGGGAAAUGAAGCGUCUCGGAGCCCUUGAUGGAGAUGGAGACACAUCUACAGUGCCACA